AUGACAGUCACCGAAAAAGCCCCCGAGGUGAUGCCCUUCGAGGGUUUGACCGAAGAGAUCAAUCUCAUGAGCGACAACGAGAGGGUCUGGUGGCAGAAGACAGGCUCCAUGCUCUCGAGAGUGCUGUCUUCUGCCGACUACACCUGGGAGGAGCAGCACAAGCAUCUGAAGUUCUAUGCGCAGGUCCUUCUCCCCAACCUGGGACCGUAUCCGCAAUCAUUUCGAAGUUCUAUCACCCGCAGCGGCCUCCCCUUCGAGCUGAGCAUCAAUUACCAGCAAAAUGGAAAGCCUCUAGUGGUGCGGAUCGGCUUCGAACCACUUAAUGCUCUGUCAGGCACGCUGAAAGACCCAUUCAACCAGGUUCCCGCCGCGGAAGUCCUAUCGUUGCUGGACCAGAUGCACAUUCCAGGCUUCGAUAGCCAGAUCUGGGAUAGAGUCGUCGAGCAUCAUACGGUUAACCAUACAGAGCGAGAGGCACUCCGGGACAGUGAUCUGGGAGCUGGGUAUAUCCGAUCUCAAACUGCGUACGGCUUCGACCUUCUGAGAGAUGGUAACAUUGCCGUGAAAGGCUACAGUUUUCCCGCCCUGAAAUGCCAAAUCACAGGACAGUCCAUGGCCCAGAUGAUGGCUGGAGUGGUUGCGGAUCUUGUACCUCUUGUUGACUGCUCGCAAGCAUUUGCGACCGUUGACGAGUACUUACAGGACACUGGAUACGAUGAGAGGGCUUUCUUCUCAUGGGACUUUGUUGAACCCGCCCGAUCCCGCCUCAAGCUCUACAUGGGCUCCAAUAACGUGACGUGGGAGAAAUUGGCCGAAGUCUGGACGCUCGACAACCGGGUCCAAAACCCGACGGUGGCCCGAGGGUUGGAAUACCUUCGCCAGCUAUUCGAUCUCAUCAAGCUCUCGGAUGGUCAACGCGACAUUGUUGUGGCCUUUGACGACCGCCAAGACUCAUCCAAGGAGACGCCUUUGCUCUGGAAUUAUGAAAUGCGAGCGGGCGAUCCGACACCACUGACAAAGAUCUAUUUCCCCGUUCAUGGCGAGAAUGAUCUGCAAGUAAUCAAUGGAGUGGCCGAAUUCCUUUGCCAGAUUGGUCUUAGUCACGGAAAAACCUAUGUGGAGAAGGUCAAAUCUUAUUAUCCUGGGAUCGAUCUCAGCACGACUGAGCGUUUCACCUCGUGGGUUUCUUUCGCUUACACUGAGAAGACGGGUGUCUAUUUGAGUACCUACUACCACUCCUCGACAGAUAACCCGUGGAAGAUGACGACUGAGGAGGAUGGUCAGCUUUAA